UCACUGCCUCUGUUAGUUCAUGCCUGCCUGGGCAAGCAUCAUGCACCUGGCUGGCUCCCCAGUAUUACCACUCAUGAGCAAUGUCAGAGGGGCUGAGGCUGCUGCUUUUUAUUUUUUUACCUUAUAAUACAGAUUAAAAUUCCCUUCCAGCAGCUUUUCCCAAGUUCCCAUAGAUCUAUUCCAAUUAGUCUCUUCCAUUAUGUUGGAAUCGGACUCUGAGGCUGGGUGUGCUGCAGAGCACAGCCACAAGCGUAGCAAUGCUGUCCUGGCCCAGCUGUGGUGUUCCAGCUGCCUGGCAGUGAGGACACGGUGCUGAAAGCAAUUUGCCCUUGGUUGAUGCUGCUGGCACCAGUGAAGGGAGUGUUUUCACAGGAAGCAAACACCAAGAUACCUAAUAAAUGAAUCCUGGUUAAUCUCCAGCCUUCAUCACCUCCACCUGCUGAGCAAAGAAAUGCCCCUGUAGGGAGUGCAUGGCAUGAAACUUACCCAGGGGCAGUGUGUCCCUUGUGGCUCCCUGCUGCUGCUGACCUGGCACUUGUCCAGAGAGGUGAGGGCUGGCAGCUGUGCCCUCUGAGGCUGGGGAAGAUCACAGCGCUGACAACCUGCACAGCACAGGAUGUCAGUAACAUAUUAGGUGAUAGUUCUGGUGUCCAGGCUUGUUCUCCAUCAGGAUGGUCCUAUUUAGGUUGGAUGGGAAACCCCAACUGGUAAGUGAGAGCAGGCAGCUGGCAGCAUCCUGCAGCACAUGGCACACCCCAGGGUGAUGGCAGCCGCUGCCCCAGUGCGAGCAGCCUCCAUCAUUCCCUCCCUUUCUCCCUCUGCUGAGCAGGUACCCAGCGUGGGGGAUGGAUGCCAGAGCCCUCCGAGCCCGCCCUGCAACGCCUGGCCCAAUAUCUCCUGGCCCACUACCAGAAAGGCACCCGGCCUGUGCGGGACUGGCGAACGACCACUAACGUGGCCAUCGACCUCAUGGUCUAUGCCAUCCUCAGUGUGGAUGAGAAGAACCAGGUGCUGACCACCUACAUCUGGUACAGGCAGCACUGGACAGACGAGUUCCUCAAGUGGGACCCAGCUCGCUUCGACAACCUGACGCAGAUCUCCCUCCCCGUAGAGAGCAUCUGGGUGCCCGACAUCCUCAUCAACGAGUUUGUGGAUGUUGGAAAGUCCCCACAUGUUCCCUACGUUUACGUCAGCCAUCACGGGGAGGUGCAGAACCUCAAACCCAUCCAGGUGAUGACUGCCUGCAGCCUGGACAUCUACAACUUCCCCUUCGACGUCCAGAACUGCUCUCUCACCUUCACCAGCUGGCUGCACCACAGUGAGUGGCGGGACGCCCGUGGGGAGGGGGCUCGGGGGAGCGGGCAGGACCUCUGCUGGGCCGGAGCUCCGUGCAGAGGGCAGCUCGUCCCUCUAGAUGGCCCCAGCGGAUCGGGGAAGCGUGCAGGGAGGGCAGGCACGCAGCCUGGUGUGGAGGCGCCGACAGCUGCCGGGCUUUGGGCAGGGUACCCCUGGUUCUCACCUCUCCUCUGCCCCCCAGUUCGUGAUAUCAACCUCUCGCUGUGGCGUCAGCCAGAGCUCGUCAAGUUCGACCGAAGUGUCUUCAUGAACCAGGGCGAGUGGGAGCUGCUCUACGUCCUCAGCCACUUCCAGGAGUUCAGUGUCAAGAGCAGUGACAGCUAUGCUGAAAUGAAGUUCUAUGUAGUCAUCCGGAGACGCCCCCUCUUCUACACCGUCAGCCUGCUGCUCCCCAGCAUAUUCCUGAUGGUUAUGGACAUUGUGGGCUUCUACCUACCUCCCCACAGUGGUGAGAGGGUCUCUUUCAAGAUCACUCUCCUGCUGGGCUACUCGGUUUUCCUCAUUAUUGUAUCGGACACAUUGCCAGCUACUGCUGUCGGCACCCCGUUGAUAGGUAUGGGCCCUGAGAUUUGAGUAGGAAGGAUUUGCUUGGGCCCGUGCUCUGGGCACGAGCUUUUGCAGGUCACUCACCUCACUGAUGUCUCUGCAGGCAUCUACUUUGUGGUGUGCAUGGCACUGCUCGUCAUCAGCCUGACAGAGACCAUCCUGAUUGUGCGCCUGGUGCACAAGCAAGACCUGCAACCCCACGUCCCUGAGUGGGUGAAACACCUGCUGCUGGAAAGAGCCACCAUCCUGCUCUGUAUCCGGGACAGGAAGACAUUCAGCCAAAGCAGGACGCAAAGCUUGGACACUUCCAGGCAGGUGGAGAACAAUGACAGCACAGGUAAGAGUUGCACAGAGAGGUGCGGGGCACUGGGGGGCACGAGGUCUGCACUGGCCUUUAGUGGCCGGCCAGAGGGCUCGGGAGCGCUGCAGGAGGUCCUGCACGAGACCACGGCUAUCCGCCAGCUCCUGGAAAAACGGGAGGAAUUCCGUGAUGUCGCCCGUGAGUGGCUGCAAGUGGGCUACGUGUUGGAUGUCCUGCUGUUCCGGGUGUACUUGGCAGCCGUCCUGGCUUACAGCAUCACUCUGGGCACCCUCUGGUCGGUGUGGAGGGAUGCCUGAGCAGUGCCCAUUAUUCAGGGCGGGAGACGGGGGACCUCGCUCUGGCGGCUUCUCCCUGGCUCUGGGAUUCGCCAGUGUCUGUCCACCCAGACGGGCGCAUCCCUCACGUCCCUCAGCUCCGCAGCGGGAAGGCGGAGCUGAGCAGGAGCCCCCCGGACCCCAUGACCCUGCCCAAACCUCUCUCCACGCUUCCCCUGCCAACCCCGGGAGAGCCCACAGCUCGGCCCGGCCACGGCCGCGGCUUCAGCACCGCGGACAGCGGCCCCUCCGCCCGGCCCGGCCGCCUCCCGGCGCCGGGGGAUCCCCAGCGCCCCAGGGGGAUCGCUGUCCUCGGCUCCCCUGCCCCUCACCCCGCCUGCUGCCUUUAUUCCCUACCCCGGCCCCCUGCACACCUGCCCAGCAGAUCCCUACCACGCUUGUGCUCAGGAGUUUUAGCAAAGUGGGAGAGAUGCAGUGUCCGGCCGCGGCCAGACGGGAUGUCACCGGGACUGAUCCGGUGAGCACGGUACCCGCAGAGAUGCGCGGGGCAGGGCUGCCAUCACACCUGCAGUAGGUGCCCAGCUCUCGCUGUCCAUCUGCCCCCGCCAGGACAGAAGCACAAAGCGAAGAGGAGAGGAAAGUGCUACAGAUGCCAUAAGAGCCCAUCCCAUGCUCUAGGAGCAUCUUUACAUAUGGGCCUGUGAUGGAGGACAGGUGGGUCGACACCACCUGGAUCUCAAACAUUUGCCCUCAAACCCACCAGCCCCAGAGCAAGACUCCCACUCACCAUCCCAGAGCCAUCACCUGCAGGAAAACUUACCUCUGAGUGACGGCCUGAGGAUGGGUGGAGUGGGCUCCUGCCAGUGCUGGCCCGCACUAAUGCGCUGAUGGUCUGUAAGUGGCUGCCUAUUGAUGAGGUGUCCAGUUAAAGAGUUCGUGAGACACUAAAUCAGCCCAUUGAUCCUGCUGAGAUCGAUGGUGCUACAGACCUGAUCAGUGCAGCGGGCAAUUAACACCCUCUGGAAUGAGCUGCCUUCAUGUAACAUCAAACGCUCCAACAGACAAAUCCAAUGGGGCCAUUGACCCGGGUGUGCGAUGCCACCCAACCCAUGUGUUUGAUGAGGGUACUGGGCAGCAAGACUCCUGAGCCAGCCUUGCCAUCCCUGUCUCACCCACCGCCACCGCGAUGUCCCCCAGGGCUGCACUGCAAGAUGCUCACCUGUGCUGCUGUAUCCCAUGGAAUGUUUUGGUCCUUAUCCUUGUCCUCCCUGUGCUAGGAAGCCAUUGUGCACCCAACCUAACCCCCUCAAGCACCUCAGCAGUUCUUUUCCCUGGAAGGACAGGCUGCCCAUGCUGGAGGAAAGAUAGAUUCUCCCUUUGCCCUCUUGCUACUUUGGGAAGUGCUGCAUGUGGGAAAAAGUUCCAGGCAUCUGAGAGAAGCCUGGAUUUUCCUCUUAAAAAAAAAAUAAAAAAAAAUCAAUAAAUCUGAAUCUAAUCUCCUAAUAAAGGUUUAAUGAGGACAUAAUGUUGAUGGAACAGAACAUUGUUGCGGCAUAAUCGCUCCCAGCUGCUGUGCGAGCGUGCACACAAAGGCCCGGUCCUACCGCGAUUUCCCCGUUAUUAUAACAACGCCUUUGUGCCAGGCUGAACGCUGGAGAGGGGCUUUGCCCCCCUUUUCCCGGGGUGCUGCAGCCCGCAGGUUGCUCACAGCAGGACCACCUCUGCUUGCCUGAACCUGGAUCAAAGUUCCCCACUACUUGCCCAAAGCCUUCCUGGGAGGCUGUGCUGGGGAGACUGGGGGAGGCAGGACUACCAUCAGGACCUUGGAAUGGACACAGCCCCUCAAACCUGCUGGGAAAUACUGGGGCAGGGCAUGAGCCUGGCCUUGACACUGGCACAUGCCAUCCACCCCUGGGAAAAACGAAACGCUGCUCUGCACUUGGCGACUCCAGCUGUGCUGUAACAAAUGUCUAACACGAGGCCAAGGCGGGCGGUGGGCACGCGUUGGGCACAGGCACGGCUGGGUGGUGCUGGCAGCACCCGCUUGGCCCAGCUGCAGCCUGCGGUGCUGUGCGCUUUGCCACAGCACAAAAGGAGAGCAGGCGCUGCCGUUAAUGUAGUCAGUAAAUAAAUAAAGGAGGGCUUAAGCUUAGUGUACAGCAAUCAGUCGGGAACUACAGGAUAAUUAACACAGCGGGGGGCCGGACGGCUCUGCAGGCAGGUUUAAAUGAACGAGUUCACUUUCAUUGAGGCAAACUUGCUCUGCUCCCUGGUGAGCCACAUGGGCAGGCGGCAGCACGGGCAGUGUGCUGUGGAUGCUCCCUGCCCAUGGGAACACUGACAUUUCAGGGAGACCCCCCCGCCCCCUGGGCUUGGUUUAGGGAUAGGACCUCCUCAACUUCUCCCUCAAAGUAGGCACCCCCAAACUCACCACUCGGCUCACCCCAAGCUGGUGCAUCCUUCCUCCACCUCCUCCUCUUCCUCCUCCUCCUCUUGACUGGCACAGGAAUGGGAGACAGCAGGCUGAGACAACAGAAUUAACUUUAUUGGUUGUUUUUUUGUUUUCUAACUGCAGAUUCAAGGUAUACAACUGAACAUUGCUAUUUUCCUUAUGAGACUUAUAAAUAAAAAUACAAAAAAUGUUCACUACAAAAAAAUCUACCGUUAGUAGGAUGUAAAAAAUAUUCUCUUUGCUAUAGAAGGCACGAACUUCACUUAGUGACACAUGGAGAGAAAAAAACCUGCAGCAGUAUAUUCUUCUUUUUUUUUUUUUGUCUUUUUUUUUUUCCUCUGUCAGAAA